AUGGAAUUCCAAUAUGCAAAUGUUAUUUAAGCAUAAAUUAAGUACAUCUUAGAUUCUUCAUUCAAACUUAUAUCCGAAAAGAUAUUAUGCAGAAAUGUGACUCUCUUAACUGAAUGGCAAACUUUUACAACAUCCCAUAGUAUAACAUAACUAUAAUUUCAAAAACAUGACUUCGAUAAAGAUAUAAUAGAAGAUCUAGAAAUUAAGCCAACAUCUUAAGAGAACUUUUAAGCUUAUAAAAUCAAUCUCAAUGAAAAAGUACAAUCUACUUCCAGAAUGAAUACUGCUGCUUAAAAAUCUCAUAAAGCUCAUUUCAAACCUCAUACUACUUAAUUCAAUUGGGAUAAAGAGUAUCAUUAUUCAUUAAUUCAUAUUCCUGAACCUGAAGUAAUCAUUUCAACUGCAGAUGAAUAACUUAGAAGAAUGAAAAUUUAAUAAAUUAAUGAAUCCAAUAAAUAAAAAGAGUUAUAGCAAAUAUAACUUAAAGAAAAGAAAAAAUUAAAUGAAAUGAAUCUCAGAUUAAAAUAAUAAUUAAGUAAUAAAGAAUAUACAUACGAUUAUAAUUGUUAACUUAUUAUAAAUAAACACUCAUAAUUAUAAACUGAUAUUGUACCUCAACUUAAAUUUGAAAUUUUAAAGGAAGAAUAAAACAAUUAAUUUAAAAAGAAUUCAAAAAAGAAAAAAGAAGAAAUAUAAUAAUAAGUAAUUAAAAAAAGAUCAAAAGAACCUUUAAUAUCAUAAAAUACUAUGAAUUUUGGAGAAUCUAAAUCCUUUUUUCUAAAUAAUGAAGAUGAAAAUUUUGACAGAUAAACAUCUAAUAUUCCAUUUAUCAAACUCAGUAGAGGUGUUAGAUUAACAGAAGAUAAUCAUGAAUUGUAAUUUGAUGUUCAACCACAACCUAAAUAAUUAUAAAUAUAAAGAAAAGAAUCUAUUCAUUUAGAAACAUAAAAUUAAUCAACUUAUUUGAGAUUUAAUAUACUAGAAAAAUCAAAAGAAAAAGUUAUUAAAAGUAAUAAAUCUUGUAUUAAAACUGAAAGAAAUUAUGAAUAUUUAAAAGUUGAAAAAGAUGAUAGUACUUAUAGAUUCAAAACUUCUGCUCAGCAAAAUGUUAAUAAAACAUAAUAGGCUCAUUAAUUAAUUAUUGAUAAUACUAUUCUUAAAUAAGAUCUUGUAAAAUUGCCAAAAGUUCGAUCCAGAUCAAUUAAUAUUAGAAGUAAAAAAGAUAGAUAAAUUGCAAUUCACUCUAAGGAUCAAAUAACUAAUUAGAAUAUUUGA